GUUUAUACCUGGUGGUGUGAUGUAUUAAAACUCUAAAUAGUUAGUGCUUGUCUAAACAGUUUUUGUUGUUGACUGGAUAGCCAAAAAGCGUUCGUUUAACCUUCUCUUCUAAACCGUUUGGGAAGAGUGAUUACUGCAAAGCCUAUUGUAAUGUCCUCUUCCAGGACCAUAACAUAACCGAAUAUAUGACUAAGCGUUACACGGCUUGUGCCACAUUCUGUUAGUAAGAUGUAGGACUUUAUGCACAUAUUCCUGUCAUAAUACAUCCGUCUAGGUGGUUAGGAUCUAAUUUGUAUACGUUAACUUAUGAAGCAGGUACUUCCGAAUAUUUUAUACGUGAUUGAUAUAAUUUCUUAUAGUUCCUUUUUAUUAUACUGAUAGGCAGAUAAUGUGGUUUGUCACAGUCGUAACAUUUUACAUUGAUAUAUAGGUUGAGAUAAAGGCGAUAUAAAGAUCAGGUACAAACAGAUUAUCAAUUAUACGGUCUUCAAGAUUUGAAGAAAUAUGGUGAUAUAGUAUGGUUAUUGAGUCUUACAUCCUCAAGAUCGUGUUAAUGAUAUGGUCCAGACUCCCGAUUUGUUUUCAUAAAUAGUAAGGGUAAUUUUAUAUUAUGUUCCGAAUUUCGGCCUUAGUUCUUCAAACUAUCAGUCAGUGUGACCUAAUUUAUAACAUCUUAACGUAAACUCGUCAAAUGGAUGCACAUUGUGCUAUAUUUCACAUUAAUUAUAAAGUACUGAUUUGGCCAUUGCAUUUGAAUUCCUACACCUGAGUUGCGAGUUCGAUUUCAAUUCUACCUAUUGGAUUUUAGGCAGCCUGUAGGAACAUUAGACUGACUAAAAGGGUCGUUGGAAAUCAAGUAUACAGACUUAGACUUGAAGACUGAGUUACAUUAUUAUUACUGUAACGAUCCUGGGACUAAACAUUACCAGAUUCCUCAACCAAUGCAUAGUUUGGAUUUGAAAGUCACUAGUUUGAAGUUGGACCAUCAUCUGAUUAAUUAUCACUACCUGUUUAUGCAUCAUAUGGUGUCUGCUGAAGUUGAAUCUUUAAUAUAUUACAGAUUAAGCAACGUUACUGUGUAGUCAGGCAGUUCAGUGUUACUGAAGUAAAUUCAGACUUAACUGAGUUGAAAUAGUUGUACUUAUUUUCAUUUUUCUUCUACAGUAUAUAUUUUCUCACUUAUCCUCCCUAAAUUUAGCAUAUAAAAUGGUUAUCAUUCAUACUACAGUUCACAUUGGGGAAUCUUCAUAAAAUAAAACUAUCAGUAUCACUACCAAACACGGAAAAUACAUUACAAGUUUACCACAAUUACAUUCGUCCUUCGUUUAAUUGGUAAUUCUGAAAACGUUCAUACGUACCGAAAAGCGUCGAAUGCAGUCAUUCAUCCGGAUCAAUUUCGUUUCUCUAAAAAAGUUGUCAUGUCUUAAGUUGAUGUAAUGAUUUUUUUUCGCAAUAUACUAAUGUGUACGCAUCAGUUUCUAAUAUUCUGAUAAAUAUUUUUCUUAGUAAUAAAUAACUGGUUUGUUUGUUUUUCAUUAUGACUUAUUGUUUGUUUGUGUCUAAGGUUUUACAAUGACGUCGUGCCCGUUUUUGCGUAAAUUGUCUCCUACUGUGAUUCAAAGAGAUAUUCAACAGUUGAUCCAAUUAAUACCAAGAUGUCCGUUUGCUAGGCGUUUGUUUGAUGGAACUCCACUUUCCAGUCCUAGAAUGUAUUCAGAUGUCGCUAUGGAGCGUCAGUCAGAUGAAUCAUCAGUUUGUAAGAAUGUCUCAGAGUGCUUAUUGAAAAAAUGUCCUUUUACGGUCAAUUCAUAUGAGUCAACAUGUUCAAAUGAUUAUCUGUGCGCCCAAACCUCUAAUAAUCACGAAAACGAGAUGUAUCAAAACCAGUUAUGUGGGAUUUCUGAUGACAUAUGUAUUCCAAACACGUGCGCCUUAUUCGCUGGUUGGCAAAAGAGUAUAGUUGCGAGAAAAAGUCUUCAGCCAACAACAGACAUAACGAUAAAGAACGCUGAUCCAGAACAUUCUCAAACAAUCGAUUCGGUGCGUAAUGAUGGUGAUAGCUGCCUAGGUUUCAAUUAUAAUAAGUUUUUCGUGUCUGAAGUAGAAAGAAAAAAAAGAGAUUCUACUUAUCGAGUAUUUAGAAGAAUUUUAAGAGAUGCAUCUGAAUUUCCGUUUGCAGAUGAUUAUUCUAGUGGUAUGAAACGUCGUGUAGCUGUCUGGUGUUCCAACGAUUAUUUGGGAAUGAGUUGGCAUCCUAAAGUUCAAGAAGCUGCCAUUUCUACCAUACGUAAACAUGGUGUUGGUUCAGGUGGAACACGUAAUAUAUCUGGUAACUCAUUGUUACAUGAAUCAUUAGAAGCUGAAUUGUCAGAUCUUCAUGGAAAACCUGCAGCUUUAGUAUUUACAAGUUGUUACGUAGCUAAUGAAGCUGUAUUACAUACUUUAGGAACUCGUAUACCGGAAUUAACAAUAAUCUCUGAUGCUGGUAAUCAUGCAUCAAUGAUACAUGGGAUUCGAACUAGUCGUUGUCCAAAAAUUAUCUAUAGACAUAAUGAUGUGAAACACUUAACUUCGUUACUUGCAAAUAUACCUAAGAAUUCGCCGAAACUAAUUGCUUUUGAAACAGUCCAUUCAAUGUCAGGUGAUGUUUGCCCAUUGAAGAAUUUAUUAGAUGUUGCUGAAGCUAAUAAAGCACUCUCAUUUGUUGACGAAGUUCACGCUGUUGGUUUAUACGGUGCACAUGGAGCUGGAGUUGCUGAACGUGAUGGUCAGAUGCAUAGGAUAGAUGCAAUUACGGGUACACUUGGAAAGGCUUUUGCUAGUAUCGGAGGCUAUUUAGCAGGAAGUUCUGAACUAGUUGAUAUGAUCCGAUCUUAUGCUUCUGGAUUUAUAUUUACUACUUCACUACCACCACAUUCCUUGGCUGCUGCCCAAACAAGUAUUCAAAUUUUGAAAUCUUCUGAAGGAAAAGAACUUCGUGCAGAACACCAAAAACGAGUAUCUAUCGUACGCCAAAGUCUCCGUCAAGCAGGAUUACCUGUGAUUGAAGCGCCGUCACAUAUUAUUCCGCUACAUGUUGGUGAAGCGAAACUAUGUACGAAAAUAUCAGAAGAACUGUUAUCCGAACAUAAUAUAUAUGUGCAAUCGAUAAAUUACCCAACUGUAGACAUAGGAGAUGAACGUUUGCGUAUUGCACCCACACCGCAUCAUACAGAUAAACUAACUGAAGAACUAGUAGAUUCUUUAUGUAUGGUAUGGAAAAAAUACAAUUUACCUUUAAAUGUUGAGUCAGCAAGAAAAAUCACCCGACAAGCUGGUUAACAUUGAAGACAUACAAAUUAUUAAUAUUAUUUGAUUGUUAGUUUAAAGUAGGUGAUCAAACACAAAUUCGAUUGUUUAGUUUUAUUUAUUUCUUCAUCAGUCAUUUUCAGUCAUGUAAAAGAAUGUCUACUUAAUUUGAAUAAAAUGUUAGUUUAACAAUUAA